ACAAGAAUGUUUUGCAGUGCUCGGCCUUCAUAACCCUCUCUUCACCAUUUGAUCCAUCUUAUUCAAAGUUUUAUUAUUUUUAAUCAAUCCACGUUUCGGUUUCUGAAACCUUUGCAGCCUGCAUCAGCUGAUUGAACUGUCUGAGUAGGUUUGAAGGACAUCAGGAUAUUUAAUGGCCGAGAGUCGUGCUUUCCCGAGUCGAGGCUCCCUGAGGAGUCCUGAGGAGAUUCUCAGAGAGAUCCAGAUCAACCUCCUGGAGUGUAAAGUCUGCUUCGAGAAGUUCAGCACUCAGCAGAGCGAGCACAGGCCGCAGAAUCUCUCCUGUGGCCAUGUGCUCUGUCUGGAAUGCAUCAGGGCUCUGACCCACCCUCUCCUGAGGACGCUGGAGUGCCCGUUUUGUCGACAGCUGUGCAGUGUUGACAGCAACUUCCAUUGCCAGGCUCUUAGUGACCUACAGGAGCUGCUGUUGUCCCAGAGUCCCACUUCCCCUGCCCCUCCUCACAGGGCAAAGGAAGGCAUUGGCUUGGCUGCAGGUCUGACUUCUUCAGCUCUGCACCUCUGCACUGCUUUUGGAGGGUGGGGGACUCUUAUUAACCCCACUGGGAUCGCUGUUUUGGGAUCUUCAGGGACUAUAGUGGUGGUGCAUGAUGGCGAGAAGAGGGUGGUGGUGUUCAGUCCUCAGGGUAGGAAGCUACACAGUUUUGGACCAAAAGGACAUGGCAGUGGGGAGAUCUGUUUCCCAGUGGAUGUGGCAGUGACUUCCUGUGGUCACGUGGUGGUGACGGACGCAGGUGAUAAAGCCCUGAAGGUUUUUACCUCCAGGGGGAACCACAUGAUGACGGUGAAAGAUUCCCUCCAGAUGCCCUGGGGUGUAGAUACAGACAGCUGUGGGCACAUCCUGGUCUCAGACCUCCAGGCAGGUACACUUUCUCAAAUGAAAGUGGACUUUAUAAACGGUCUCGCUGUAGAACAUCAAACAGUCAUAUCAGACCUGCAGCAUCCAAAAGCGGUGGCCUGCUGUAGAGCGACUGGAAACACUGCAGUGAUGGAGCAUUUAUCUGAAGAGACAUAUCCACCAGGGAGGAACCCACACACGAGGCUGAGAGUUUUUACUAAAGACUUCUGCCUCCUUUAUCAGACGGACACUUUCAGCCUGAUGCUGCAGUCCAAAGUGAGGCUGCAUAUGUCCGUCAUGACUUUUGAUCAAAAUGGAGAUGUGAUUGUGAUUGACUCCAAUAUGGGGACAAUUUGGAGUUUGGGCCAGCUCCAGAAUGGCCCCGCCCUGACCCCUCUGGUUGGGGACGACCUUGUCCGCCCAGUUGGACUGGUGACAUUGAACAACUCGCUCAUCAUUCUGGACAGUGGAAACCAUACAGUGAAGAUGUAUUCUGCUAAAUCUGAAACUAGGCCCUUGAUAUAGCUAAUGUAUGAACAGUAUUACAAAAGUGUGAAGUCCAGCUUAUUAUGGGAUAAGAUUACCUGGCAGUUUACUAUUGAUAAAUAAAAGUAAAGUUUUAUAUAGAAAAUGAUGUGUGAAUAUAAUGAAAUUAGAGGUAUAUGCUGCUUUGUGUUUGUAAAAUGUUUGGACAAACAUUUUAGACAUUUUAAACUGUUUAAAAUAUGGACAACAUUUUAAACCAUUUCAUUUUAGACCGUUUUAGUUGUUACAUGGAACUGUUCAUUGUGAUAUUGUGGAUACUUCCAGCUUUUGGAGCCACAGAAAUAAAAUGAAAAAAAUAAUCCCAAUUGAUUAAAUUGCUCACAUUUAAUAUUUAGCAGACAAAAAUCUAUGAUGAGGAUUUGAACAAAAAUAAGUGGUUUCGUUCUAAUGGGCUCAGGGCACAUUGGAUACUGAGAUCAUGUCUUAUGUUUUAGUUUUUCUUAUAUUUAACACUAACACAUGGUGGAUGUAUGUGUGUA